CCCAUAUACGUAAAUGCUGAGCAAGUAUUCUUGACGAGUAUAAAAAUAGAUUUGAAUUAUUUAUUUAGUAUUCGUUGAAUUUUGAAUCGUUUAAGAACAGCUGUGUGUAACUAUGGUACUGCCGCGUUCUAUAGUUUUGACUGCUUUUAAUCUUUGGUUAUCUGUGUUGUUAUUAAUCGGCACAACAGGCGGAUCGAAAAUAUUAUUUUUGGCGCCAAUUAACGGAAAAAGUCAUUGGCUCUUUAUGCAAAACUUCAUCAAAGCACUACUAGAUCGUCAUCAUGAAGUAACAACUUUAACACCAAUAACUUGGGACGGCGUCAGGCCAGACAAUUACACGGAGGUGUUGAUCGAUCCACCAUUGAACAUCGAAGACAUAUUUCCGCAAUCGAAAGUGUUUACUGCAGAAAAAGGUUCGGCACUUGGCUAUUUAUUUGUGUUGCCCAUGGUGGGCCGUGCUACCGUCGAAAAGAGCAUGCAAAGUAAAAACGUCCAGAAAUUUUUGCACGAUGACAGUUUGCGCUUUGAUUUGGUGAUCUUGGAAGAGUUUGCUAUGGAUAGUCUUUGGAUGUUUGCUCACAAGUUCAAAGCGCCGUUGAUAAGUAUUUGUUCAUACGGAUAUCCAAAUUUUAUUGAUCGGCAAUCUGGGAUGCUCACACCUUGGAGUCACGUGCCUAUGUGGACCGAAACUUAUUCUGACAAAAUGUCCUUCAUGGAACGACUAGACACCACGAUACUGUCCCUAGCUGAUUGGAUGGUCUAUAAAUUCUUUCACAUGCACUGGCAGAAUGAUCUGGCCAAAAAAUACUUUGGUCACUUAGGAGACCUUCCAUCGUUGGAAGAUUUAACGAGAAAUAUAUCUGUGGUUUUGAUCAACACCCAUCGAAGUAUAUCGCCGCCCAGACCGUCUAUGCCGGGCACUGUUUUCGUUGGAGGAGCGCACAUCAAACAUGCAAAUGCAUUGCCCAAGGAUCUUCAAACAUUUUUAGAUGGCGCCCAUGAGGGAGCGAUCUAUUUUAGCUUCGGAACAUAUGUUCGGAACACUGAAAUGCCUCCAGAUCGAAUGGAAAUGAUUUUGAAUGCAUUCGAACAGAUCGGCAGACGUGUUCUUUGGAAGUACGAUGAUGAUGAAGCAAUUCAAAAUGUUCCGAAAAAUGUCAUGAUCCGGAAAUGGAUGCCACAAAAUGAUAUCUUAGCGCAUCCCAAUGUUAUACUUUUUAUAAGCCAUGGCGGAAUGUUUGGUCACUUUGAGGCACUCUAUCGUGGAGUUCCAUUGAUUAUAAUUCCAUUCUUCGGCGAUCAGUUUAGAAACGCAAAACGAGCGCAACAAAUUGGAUACGCAAAGCAUUUAGACUUCAAACAACUUAGUACAGAUCUGUUGGUCGAUUCCGUUCGUGAAAUGGUUACAAAUAAAUCCUAUUUGGACAAAGCAAGAGAAAUUUCGGCGGUUUUUAAAGACAACAUCGUGCAUCCGAUGGAGGAAGCAAUGUGGUGGAUCGAACAAGUGCUCAAAUUCCGCGGUGCAAAACAUCUCAAAUCACAUGCGGCGCAUAUGACUUGGUCACAAUAUUUAUUGCUUGAUGUAUUUGGCGUACUGAUUUUGGGCGCUGGAACGGUUUUGUUUGUAUUUUACUUAGCAGUUCGACGCAUUUGUAAACGGAAAUCUAAAUCUUUGGAAUCAAAUAAAAAACGAAACUGACAUUCAG